AUGAAUAUCAUAACGAGGAUCAGAACCAAUUUUUCUAUUCCACUUUUGUUCACAUAUUUUCUUUCUCUAAUAAAUUCAACUUCAAGUGCUCAAACACAUGAUGAUAUUGUUUCUGCUCAUUCGAUCGAUGCUCGUCUUCAAGAUUGCGCCUUUAAGGCGUUUAUCGAACCUAAAUCCGAUGUAAUAUACGAUGCUGAAGUACCCUCCGAUCUAACGGGGAUUAAAGUUUCAGCAAUUAGGGUUAGAAGUAGAACUAUGUUGAACAAAGGUGUUCAAAGUUACAAAGAAUUAGAGAUCCCAAUAGGUGUUACUUCAAAACCUUAUGUUAAUAAACUUGUUUUGGUUUACCAUAAUUUUGGUAAUUGGUCUAAAAAAAUUUAUCCUUUAUCUGGUUACUCAUAUUUAGCACCUGUUCUUGGUCUAUUAGCCUAUGAUGCAACAAAUUUGUUUGCUUCAAAUUUACCUGAACUGGAUUUAAGAGCUAAUGAGAAACCAAUUUUGGUUAAUUUCUCCAAUGUGAAAAAUUCAUCAUUACCAUUUGGUUCAUUAGCCAAAUGUGUGUAUUUUGAUUUAUAUGGUAAUGUGAAGUUUGACACUUUGUUAAAUGGAAAUGUUUGUGCAAUAUUUCAACAAGGGCAUGUUUCAAUUGUUGUGGAAUCUAAAGAUCAAGUGCAAGAUCAUGGGAAGAAUGAGUUGAAGAUGAAGAUUGUGGGGGUUAUAUGUUUGGUUUGUGGGAUUGUUUUGUUGAUGAUAAUGUUUGGUUUGUUCAUUAGAUUAAGAAGGAAAAAAAGGUUAGAGAUAAAGCAAAUGGAAUUUGAAGAGGUUAAUCAUGAAACAUUGAAGAUGUCAUCAUUUGGUCAUGCCAAAGUACCAAUGGCAUUAGGGACUCGUACUAAGCCAAUGAUUGAUGAAAUGGAUGUUUUUCCUUAA